UAUCUGUUUACUUUUAGAGGAGCACAAACAGUGACAGAGAGGACAGAGAUUCAGUAUUUCAACCAAAGACCACAGGAAAGAACCAAGGACUGUAUGUACCUGGCCUAAGAUGGAACGCAUACAGACUUUGUUUCUGCUAUGUCCAUUUGUAUUCUUUACCACCGUGACAUCUGAGGACAAUGUGUGUUCUAGGCCUGAUCUGGGUGGCAACAUUAAGAUGGAUGGGAUCCAGAGAUACUUUAACCCCGGAGCAGAGUUGGCACUGUCCUGUAAACAGGGAUACACCCCUCAGUCAGGCCCUCGGAAGAUUGUUUGUGGUGCAAGUGGAAAAUGGACAACAACCCAAUUAUUGUGCAUACCAAUGCGGUGUCCCUAUCCUGAGUCACUGCAAUACGGAGAUUUGAACUAUGAGGAUACUGUGUACCAGAGUACCAUCAACUACACUUGUUAUGCAGGGUAUAUCUUGACUGGAGCCAGUACUACUGUGUGCCAAGCCAAUGGAACAUGGAGUGCACCAGUACCGGUGUGCAGGCCUGUGACAUGUGGUCUUGCUCCAAUCCCAGAGUUUGGGGUAAUAAUCUAUGAUAGGAAGAUAAGAGGGAACACCGCUGAGUACGGCGUCAGAGUGACAUACAAGUGCUUGCCUCCACAUGCACUCUUUGGCAAUGAAAAAGCAGAGUGCACUGCCAGUGGCACCUGGACCAAGACGCCUGAAUGUCGAGAGGUGACAUGCCGUCCACCGGAGAACAUUGACCACGGCUACAUGUCAAACAGUGACCAGAGAGACUAUGAUUUCACGGAAACAAUUAGAUAUGGCUGCGAAGGAGACUAUGUACUGGAGGGAAACAUGCAGAUUGUUUGUCAGAAGAAUGGGAAAUGGUCUGAAAAGCCGUCCUGCAAGGCUCCUUGCAGCUUUCACAUACAGAGAGGAAGGAUAUUAUACAAAGAACGAAAACUCUGGAUCAAAGACCUGCAACCCAACAGAGUCUUACACGGACAGAUUGUCUCACUCUACUGCAUGGACAAAGCCAGGAAGUGUGGUUAUGCAGUGACAACCCAGUGCAUGAAUGGAAAUCUCGAAAUACCUGAAUGCUUUGAAGAGCCCAGUGUGGAUGAUUAUCAGUCACAGCCUAGUUCGCUUCCAUCAGAAAUCAACCAGUGCUGAGGCAGCAGCAGAUCCCUUCUCUGAUGACUAUGACACCACCGUAUUGUCGGUGUGUUCUGGUCUCUAAGAUUAAAGAAUGUGGUUUAACUCAA